CGGAUUUUUAAAUGGGAUGGAUACCCACUAGGCAAUAAUUAAUAAUUACUAAGCCAUGGAAUUAUAUGAUCGAGAGCAAGGAAGGGGAACGUAAACCUACUCUAUCCAUUGUUUCCGGCUCUCUUCUGCCGGACGCCAGUCAUGGAAGGAGCCAUCGGCAGCAGCCUCGUAGAGAAGAGGAUCGCAGUUGUAACAGGAGGGAACAAAGGAAUUGGAUUGGAGAUAUGCCGGCAGCUGGCUUUCAAUGGGGUCAAGGUCAUACUAACGGCCAGAGAUGAGAAGAGAGGCAUGACAGCAGUGGAGAAGCUUAGAGAGGGUGGUCUUUCUGACGUGGUCUUUCAUCGGUUGGAUGUGACUGACUCUUCUAACAUUGCUUCCUUGGCACAUUUCAUUGGAGCUCAGUUCGGAAAGCUUGACAUCUUGGUAAAUAAUGCAGGAAUUGGGGGAGCAGCAAUAGACUUGGAGAAACUAUCUGAGAUUUUGAAGGACUCAAAAUCUACAAGUGAAGAGAAAGUUGAAGAUACAGAAGGUAUAUUUAAUUGGAUGAAGGAAAAUUUUCAACAAAGUUAUGAGAUGGCAGAAGAAUGCUUGAGAACAAAUUACCAUGGCGUUAAAGAUGUUACAAAGGCAUUACUUCCCCAUCUUCAAUCAUCUCAUUUUGGGACAAUAGUAAAUGUUUCCUCUACCCUUGGGCAGCUUCAGUGCAUCCCAAACGAAGGUCUUAGACAAGAGCUAAAUAACAUAGAUGGUCUUUCAGAAGACAGAUUG